AUGGCUGUUAGAGAAAGGAAAAAGGUGAUGGAACUUCUGGAAAUAGAAGCUAAGAUUCAGAAAUUAUGGUCGGGAGCUAAAGUAUUUGAAGUGGAUGCUUCUGAUGACAUAUUGGAACCCAAAUAUAUGGCGAACGUCCCAUAUCCUUAUAUGAACGGUCGUCUUCAUUUAGGACAUUGCUUUACCAUAUCUAAAACUGAAUUCGCAGUGGGAUUCCAACGAUUAAAUGGAAAACGAUGCUUGUUUCCAUUUGGUUUGCAUUGUACAGGAAUGCCAAUCAAAGCUUGUGCUGAUAAGUUAAAAAGAGAAGUUGAAAAUUUUGGUUAUCCACCUCAGUUUCCUGAUAUUAACGAUGAACUUCCUGCAAAAGGAACUGAUGCCAUAGAAGGAAUUAUUAAAAAUAAAAAUAGAGGAAAAAAGAGUAAAGCUAUGGCUAAAACUGGAACAGCUAAAUACCAGUGGCAUAUUAUGAAAUCUCUUGGUUUAAAUGAUUCAGAAAUCGUGAAGUUUGCUGAUGCUAAUCACUGGCUAACCUAUUUUCCUCAACAGUGCAUAAACGACGUCAAAAAAAUGGGUGCCAAGGUUGAUUGGCGGCGUACAUUUAUUACCACUGAUCACAAUCCUUAUUAUGAUUCAUUUGUUUGUUGGCAGUUUCGAAAACUUCGUGAAGCCAAAAAAAUUGAUUUUGGCAAGCGUUAUUCAAUAUAUUCUCCGAAAGAUGGACAACCCUGCAUGGAUCACGAUCGAUCAAGUGGAGAGGGUGUUGGACCACUGGUGUAUACACUUAUAAAGUUGCAGGUCCUUAAACCGUUACCAAAGUUUCUUGCUGUAACUGGAAAGGAUGUCUUUUUGGUUGCCUCAACACUGAGACCAGAAACGAUGUACGGUGUGACUAACUGCUUCAUUCAUCCAGAUAUUGAAUAUUGUGCUUUUUAUGUUGGUGCAGUGGAAGAAGAGAUUUUUGUAGCCACGAAAAGAGCAGCUAGAAAUAUGAGUUACCAAGGAAUGACUGCUAUAAAUGGCCAGAUACGAUUCGUUGAAGGUGGUGAAAAGAUAUUAGGCCGGUGUUUGCUUGGUUUAACAUUGAAAAGUCCACUUACAGUGUACAACCGUAUUUAUUCACUACCUAUGAUGACUAUUAAAGCUGACAAAGGUACUGCAAUCGUUGUAAGUGUACCUUCAGAUUCACCAGAUGAUUUUGCGGCUUUAAUGGACUUAAAAAAUAAAAAAUCAUUGCGAGAAAAAUAUCGUAUAAAAGAUGAUAUGGUCUUUCUUUAUGAGCCGAUUCCGGUUUUGAAAGUACCUGAUUAUGGAGAAAUGGCGGCUGUAACCAUAUGCAAAAAACUGAAAAUUGAGAGCCAAAAUGAUAAGGAGAAGUUGGCGGAGGCUAAAAAAGAAGUUUAUCAGAAAGGUUUCUAUAAUGGUGUGAUGGUAAUAGGCAAGUAUAAAGGACAAAAAGUCACCAAUAUGAAGCACAAGAUUCAAGCAGACCUAAUUGAAUCUGGUGAAGCUGUUUCAUUUGUCGAACCGGAGAAGAAAGUUAUAUCGCGUUCAGGGGAUGAAUGUGUUGUUGCUUUGUGUGACCAAUGGUAUUUGAAUUACGGUGAUGAAGAGUGGAAAAAAAGUGCAAAAAAGGCUUUAGAUCGGCUGAAUACAUACACAGAAGAUGUGCGACGGAAUUUGAGUGCAACAAUUGACUGGUUGCAUGAGUACGCUUGUUCUCGGUCAUACGGUUUGGGUUCUAGAUUGCCAUGGGAUUCGCAGUACCUCAUCGAGUCGUUGUCAGAUUCAACCAUAUAUAAUGCUUAUUAUACUGUUGCGCAUCUCUUACAAGGUGGUGCUAUAGAUGGAAGCAUGGUGGGUCCUGCUGGAAUAAGAGCAUCAGACAUGACGGAUGACUGUUGGGAUUAUAUUUUUUUGAAAAAGCCAUACAACAGUAAAACAAUGCCAGUAUCUGAGUCGAAAUUGGAUCGUUGUAGAAAAGAAUUCGAAUACUGGUAUCCAGUUGAUAUGCGUGCCUCUGGAAAAGAUUUACUGCAAAAUCAUCUGACUUAUUAUUUGUUCAAUCAUGUUGCCAUCUGGAAAGAUCAACCCGAGAUGUGGCCUAGAAGCAUACGGGCAAAUGGGCAUCUGCUACUUAAUAAUGAAAAAAUGUCUAAACAAACUGGCAACUUUUUGACCUUAAGUGAAACUGUGAAUAUGUUCUCCGCUGAUGGAAUGCGCAUUUCUUUAGCGGAUGCAGGGGAUUAUAUUGAAGAUGCCAAUUUUGUUUUUGAUAUGGCUGAUGCUGCUGUUUUGCGUUUGUACAAUCUUCUUGCGUGGGCACGCGAAAUGGUUGUGUUUCGUAAACAAGACAGUUUUCGUAAUGAUGAGAAAUUCAGUUUUGUUGAUCAAGUUUUUGACAAUGAAAUGAAUUCCCUAAUUCAUAAAACAUAUAAUAGUUACGAACAAACACUUUACAAGGAAGCUUUAAAAUACGGAUUUUUUGAGUACCAGAGUAAUCGUGACAAAUAUCGUGAAAUUUGUGGAGGAGAUUUGCAAAUGCAUGUUUGUUUGGUUUUCAAAUGGAUUGAAACACAAGCAAUCAUUCUUUCACCAAUCUGUCCCCAUGUGUCGGAACAAUUAUGGCAGAUUUUAGGAAAGGAUGGUUUCAUUGUUUGUCAGAAAUGGCCCGUGGUUCCAUAUGCUGAUGACAUUCUGACUAAAAAAGCAGACUUUAUCGAUGGCGCAAUUAGAGAUUUCAGACUACGUUUGAGAAAUCAUGUAGCUCUGAAGCAAAAAAAAAGUGGGAUUGGAAGUCCACCAUUAGAAGCUAUAUUAUAUGUGGCAAAGGAAUAUCCAAGCUGGCAAAAAGAAGUGCUCGUUCUUUUGAGUCAAUACUAUCAGGAAGGUCAGGGUAUGCUUCCGGAUAAUAAAGAAAUAUCUUAUCGGUUUGGUAGUACAAUUAGCUUAAAAAAGAUCAUGAAAAAAGUGAUGCCUUUUGUUCAACUGAUACGCGAAAAUUUAGUAGUACAUGGUAGUUCGGCACUGGAUAUUACUUACUCAUUCGAUCAAGUAGAAGUUUUAAAACAGAAUGAAAAUUAUAUUUUGUCAACUUUGAAUCUAGAAAAAAUUGCAAUUAUUGAUGUAGAAAGAGAAGAUACUCCAGUAAAUGUUGCUGAAUUAGUAUGUCCUGGAAAACCAUUAAUUAUGUAUCAAAGCCAGAAACCUGGAAUUACUGUCACAUUUCGAAAUGUAGAGCCUUGUUCCGGUUUAUUUGAUCUUGAAAUAUCCAUUGCAACUGGUGAUACUGCAGAAGUUGUGAUUCGCCGUUUAAGGAGACUUUGUAAAAGUAUUAAACCCAGACAAAUCAUUUCACUGUGGCGGUAUUUGGAUCCCGUUGGAGGAGAUAGAAAACUCAUAAGACCAAAAAAUUCGUUGGAAAAUAAUGAGCGCAUUGCAGAUCUGGCGGAGUUCAAAACAGACUUGGAAACUGGGAAAAUUUAUUUACUAAACAAUGGCGCUGUGCUCGAUUUGGGAGAUACUUUAAUAUACAGCUGUACCAGUUGA